UUCUUCUCAUAUGCCUUUUGCUAAAACACCUACGAUUCAUAUCAACCGACAAACUUUCAACGAAAUGGACUUUAUCAUAACAGAUACAGAUACUUCUGUAGCAAACGCUAUAAGAAGAGUAGCUAUUGCACAAGUUCCUACUAUGGCUAUAGACUUGAUACAUAUGCAAGUCAAUACUUCUUCCUUACACGAUGAGUUGUUAGCCCAUCGACUGGGUUUGAUACCUUUAACAAGUCAUAGAGUGGAUGAGUUUGAAUAUACUCGAGAUUGUCCUUAUUGUAGUGACCACUGUUUACACUGUUCGGUUACUUUUGAAUUGGACGUACAAUGUACAGAAGAAGCUAUGACAGUGACUUCUCAAGACUUGGUGAAUAAGAGUGCCCAUGAGAGUCAACUUGCUGCUAGUGUUCAACCUGUUCACUUUUCAGGUGAAUACAAUCCAACUCUAUCGGAAGAAAAUGGAUUGAAUGGUAUUGUUUUGGCAAAGUUGGCAAAAGGACAACGAAUUCAAUUGACAGCCAUAGCUAAGAAAGGAGUGGGUAAGGAACAUGCCAAAUGGUCUCCUGUUUGUACUAUUUCUUAUCAAACAGACCCAUCAGUGCAGUUCAAUUUGAAUAAGCUGAAUACUUUGCUUUCUGAGGAAGCCAAAAGAGCGUUGGUGAAAUCAAGUGACGAGUGUUUGGCCAUCGAUCCCAAAAGCAAUCAACUGAUAUAUGAGACAGCUUUUACUUUGGGAAGAAUUUCUUUACCUUUGGAUUGUGUAAAGAAGAUGACUCUUACUUGAAUAUAAUCAUGAUCCCCAUAGGUUUUAUUUUU